UUGACGGAUGUGUCAUGAGAUAUAAAAACCUUUUAAUAACAUUUCAAAUUAUUACGCAUUGUUUUUGUAAUUAUUUUUAAGAACUACCCAGUGAAAUUAAUUCAGUGAUUAAACCGUGCUGAAAAUGUAAUUUAAGAGUGACGUGGUUCAUUGUUCGAUAUUAAGUGAUUUUUUUUGUAAAAUGGGCGACAUUGAGGAAGUUUUUGAUUUGUUUACGCAGGACGGUGUUAUUUUGAAGCAAGCACAGGCGAGUUACAUGCAGUUUUUGAAUAGUUUGGGUACUGUUUACAUAAAUGAGGCCAAAACGGACCCUAGAGAGAGGUUUUUGGAAUGGAAACCUAAUGAUAUUACUGUUGAUUCGGACAUGCAAGAUCAAGAAUGGGCUGUUGUAAACACAAUACAGAAAAGAACAAGGACUAUAUCGGGCAGUUUGCCUUCUGAUUAUAGCAAUCGAUUGAGGAGUUUAAGAGUACCAUUUAGAGACAUAAAAAGUUUUAAAUCGUCUCAUAAGAACAGAGAGUUGACUGUCUACAAUGGACAAGGGGAUACAAUCUGUAUAUUUCUCUUUCAAACUAAUUGCGAUCAUAUGGCAGGCCAUUUAAAAAAGUUUAUGAAGGUCGUACCUUCCAAACGUGACAGAAAUUUGUAUUACGUUCAAGAUAAUACAUUGGAAAUACAACAGUUAACAAAAUCAUUUGCCGAGUUGAAUCUGCCAACUGACGAUUCAGGAAUAUGGCGGUUGGUUAGGAACUUUCAAACACAACCAGUUGAAACCACUUUUGAAGCCUUCUCAAAAGUGACAACCCUAAUGUAUAAAACAAUGGACAAAAAGGAAAUAAGCGAUCACGACAGGGAAGCCCUAAACAAAAGCAUCACAGAGUACGGCUCAAACAACACAACAGACUUUGCUGGCAACAGCAACGACUACGAGGUCGUUGCGACAGUCCCCGAACUACCUGUAAGACCGGAAUUCCCCCGGCUUAAACCGCUGAGCCAGGAAUUAUGGAGGGACCACAUGGAUUUCGAGGGAAAAAUCGAAGACGUCGAGUCCGUCAAAAAUUUAAUCUUCAGAGGGGGUAUUUGCCCAUCUAUACGCAAAGAAGUAUGGAAAUACCUUCUGGAGUAUUACCCCUGGACUUCUACGUACAAAGAGCGGCAAAAUUUAGCGGAAAAUCUUAAAGACGAGUACUACAAGAUGAAACUGCAGUGGAAAACAAUUACGAAGACGCAGGAAGACAACUUUUCAGAUUACAGGGAUAGAAAAUCCUUGAUUGAAAAGGACGUUAAUAGAACUGACAGAACGGUGGAGUUUUUUGCAGGAGACAACAACAAAAAUUUGAACACCCUUUUCGAGAUUCUGAUGACUUUUGUUAUGUAUAACUUCGAUUUGGGUUAUGUGCAAGGAAUGAGCGAUCUUUUAUCGCCAAUAUUGCAGCUUGUAGAGGACGAGGUUGAGUCGUUUUGGUGCUUUGUAGGAUUCAUGAAAAUAAUGAGCUCAAAUUUCGACAUUGACCAGGCUGGCAUGAAGGAACAAUUCAAAAAACUACAAGAAUUGCUGGCAUUUUUUUCGCCAAAUUUAUCGAAUUAUUUAAACGAACACGAUUCUGCAAAUAUGUUUUUCUGCUUCCGUUGGUUAUUGGUGUGGUUUAAGCGCGAGUUGAGCCAGGAUGACGUCAUGCGAUUCUGGGAGGUGCUAUGGACGGGGUUACCUUGUCAAAACUUUCAUUUGUUAAUCGCCGUAACGAUUUUGGACAACGAAAAGGAGGCUUUAAUGGCGAAUGGGAACGGUUUCACAGAGAUUUUGAAGCAUAUAAACGAUCUAAGCGGCAAACUGGACAUAGAUACGAUCUUCAACAAGGCCGAGGGCGUCUAUCACCAACUCAAAAACGCCGAACACCUGACCGACAACGUACGAGCGAUCUUGGGCUUGCCGUUGGCGCCGUCUAGCAGCAACAGCGCUAGUAGCUCGAUCGCCCGAGAGAUGUCGCUGGCUUCGGACGCUUGCGCCAGCAACGGGAGCGCCCCCAGGUGCUCCGUGGAGAACGUGCGAAUCUCCCCCGACGAAAAUAGCUACGAAAGAUCCAUUAGUGGGUCUUAUUUGUAAUUUUACGACGUUUUACAAGCGUACCGAGAAAAUGCGUUAGGUUUUAAGACGAAUUUUAUUAAGUGUUUACAUAAUUGGCAGUUUUAAGGUGUUUGGUAACUAUAACAUACACACAUAUAUCCACUUUUUAUUUUUGUCUUUUUUGUUGUAAAUUUUGACAAUAACUUUUAUGAUAUCAAAAUUUUGCCAAAGGCCAAUUCACUUUUUUUAAAUGUUUAUAUUUUAA